AUGGAUUUUCAAGUGGAAAUGCUCGUUGAAGUUCUCGACAGGAAAAUCGAAAAACAGUCGACAAACGAUGAAUCUACCAUUACUAGUAUCUCUACCGGUGGUCCUGUGUUUGUAACCGAUGUGAAAAGUAGCGAAAGUGCUGAGAAAAACGUCUCGACAAGUUUCAUGCGAAAACGCAAGAAAAUCCACGUGCCCAAAUUCAUGUUGGAAUUGUACGAAAAAAACAAAGUAGCCAGUGGAAGAGACGAAAAUAUCGAUAACAAACGACCCGAUAUCGUCAAAAGUUUGAUACCCACACAUGCAGAACCUUUUUACGGGAACGAAGCGUAUGAGGUUGAUCGAUCGAUCGAAAGAAACCAUUUGCUGGUUUUUAGUAUACCGGCUUCCGAUGUUGACGAGCGAUUCGUCAGCGCCGAACUCAAAAUACUGACGAUACUGGAUUUCGACGCGAAAACCGGCGAUAAUUUCGAUGCCCGAAGAAUACUCAAAAUGUCGCUUUACGACGAUUCGGCCGAAGAAUUGCUCGACUUUCGCGAAAUUCGCGUUCGCCACUUCAACAAUUCCUGGAUAACGUUCGACGUCACGAGUCCCGUUAAUAAUAUACUACAAAAGAAAAACCAGCAUCUGCUUAAGCUCCGUUUAAAGGUCUCCGCUUUCCAUCCCAAGUUAACCGACAGUUUGAAAUUGUCGCUGAUGCCCGUCGAAGACGAAGAUUACGAGCACGAUUAUCCCAUUCUGAUUCUCACUUACACUUCUAACGAAGUUAGGAGGAUGAAGCAGGAUGAUAUGGGUAGCGUAGAGAAGAGUAAGAACGGUAUAAAGAGAAAGCGAAGGAGCAUCGAAGAGGAUUACGAAGAAGAAACUAACAGAAUCUGGGAUGAUGAUGGAAAUUACGCGAGGAAAUCCGUACAGUACAAAAAGUGGAGACGGCUGAAGAAUAGUUGUAGAAAAAGGCCUUUGUAUGUAGAUUUUGCCGAAAUCAAAUACGACCUGUGGAUCGUACAGCCUACUGGAUAUGAGGCUUACCAAUGCGUAGGAAGAUGUUUCUACCCGGUGGCCGAGCACUUGAAUCCUACUAAACACGCCAUCGUUCAAGCUUUGCUGCACAGCGUAGCCCCUUCGAAAGCUGGUAGAACUUGCUGCGUACCCACAGCGUUAGAGUCCAUAUCGAUACUUUACAUCGACGUUAACGGAGUAUUAACGUACCGUUAUUCGUAUAAAGAUAUGGUUGUCGCAGAAUGCGGUUGCAGGUAA